AUGGUUUUCUUUGUUGGACAGACAUCUCAGCGGAACGAGCAUGAGGCAGUGUCAGACGAAGCAAUUCAUGAGGGAGACGUUGUGGUGCUGAACUUCACGGACACCUACAAGAACCUCACACACAAGUUCCUCCUUGGGGCAAAGUGGGUCUACGACAACUGCCGUCUCGACUCUGCAGUGACGAUCGUGAAACUGGACGACGACGUCUUAGUGAACGUGUUCGCCUUGCUGUCGUACCUGAAGAGCGGCGUGAUGGCGCUGACCGGAUUUCAUUGUAAAGUUUUGACAGGUGCUGUGCCCUACAGGACCCGAAAAUCUAAGUGGGUGUCCAUGAAGGCGAGCGGCAUCGACCGAUACCAGCUGACCCCGGAGCGGCUGCCGCUCGUCAGCUCCGAGAAGGAGGCGCCCGCUCAAACAACAAUGAUCGUGGAUAAUCACAUGUGCGCUGAAGUUCUAGGAAAAGAGAUAUCACCCGAGGAAUGCCACAACGACGUGGGAUGA